AUGGCUACCGUUGCGACCGGAUCCGCUGGAUCCCUCGUGGACCCUAGCGGUGGUCCACCGGCCAGUCAAAAGCAGCGCAAGAAGGGAAAAUUUCGGCUCAAGGAACGGUCCUCCUCCUCGGUGCGGGAAAAGUUCAUCAACGAUCCAGCGUACACGGAGGAUGUCCGCCAUCUGGCAUUGCCCAUGCGCCGAAACAGUGGCCCCGAACACGACCCUGGCCGUAAGUUUUACAUGAUAUCGAAGAAAAAGUCCAACUCGGUCGGCAAGGACUACUCGCGAGGCUCCGGCAGUCUGCAGAUUGGAGGAGGAGGAGGUGGCGGCGGCGGCGGCGGUGGUGGUGGUGCUAGUGGCUCGAGCGAGUUCUACACGCUGGACGUGGAAUCAAUUCGCCGGGCGGGGCUGAACGUGCCGGAGCUAAAGCCGAGAAGAAAGAAGUACAACCACCACAGCAGUGCGGAACUGCUGAAUCGUCUACUCAACACAGACGAAUCGAGCAGUUCGGACGGAGUGCUACCAAAAGCUGGCUACACUACGGCCACACUAGACCGGGGACGUGGCCGUAGCUUGGACCGAAGAAGCUACACAACUAGCGACGAACGGUUCGGUACCACACGAGGGCUUUCGAUUAGUCGUGCGGGUGAGGAAGACAGUCUCGGCAGGGAUGCUGGACGUCAGCAACAACAGCUACAGCGAGGACGUAAAAGCCGCAAUACUGGUUCGCGAAGGGAAAACUCCGAGCAAGACACCGGUGCUCCUGCACCGGAUGGCAACACAGCAGCAGCUCCCUCGGCGGGAGAUAUCUUUGCCGAAGAUAUCAUGGUAAAGGGCGGUGACCGAGAGUCUGGCAGUUCGAAAGGGGGACGCUUCCAGAUAGGAAAACGAUUUCUGAAAGGGGAAAUCGGCAUCAAAAGCUUCAACUACUACCUACUGAAGGAGGGCCUCAAAUCUUCCAAGAAAAGUCUGCUAAAGCAGCGUUCGGCACCGGUAGCCGCUGCGAGUUCGGUGGACGUACCACUGCCCGAACCACCACAGUCGAUGGAAUUGAUCAGCCCGGAAUCGGAAGCCGGCUCUAGGAUGGUGGAAAAGGGCGAGGAAAACAUAUACGAAGAAAUUUACUUUGAAGAUAAACCGAAACGGCCACCCGAGGAGUGUUCCAGGGAGGGCGUUCAAUUGUCGGAAUGUCAGGACGCUAGUAAUGAGAAAAUACAAUUUAUUGACUGUGAACUGUGUGUGCAGCAGUGUAGCAAUGCGAACUGCGAUGUGUGUCAUGGGCUGGGAGCACAGCAUACCGCCCAACAGCAUGAGCACCAUCAUCAUCAGCUACAGCAGCAAAGGCAAGCCGAACAGAAGCAGCAAAACAUCUACGAACAGCUAAAGCAACAUGGCUCGGGAGGAUCUUCCGGUGGGAGUGGCCAGUCUGGUGGUGUGUAUUCCAAAACCGCCACCAAAUCGUUGGACAUUGAUGAGCAGAUUUAUCAAAGACAAAAGCUGCAACAUCAACAACAGCAGCAGCAGCAUGAGCAGCAGGUGCAAGAUCAGCUAAUGCAGCAACAUUCGAAGCAGCAGUCAGAUAGCCACACUAGAAGCAUGGGAAAUUUGGUGGAUGAAUCAUCGAUGUACGCCAGUGAGAAUGUGCUGCAAUACCAGUCGUACAAUCCCAGUAAUCCUAACGUGUACAAGCUGGAAACAACACCCGUGGCAUUCAGCUGUGACUAUAGUCCGCUUCAGCAAAUUUAUUACAAACAGCAACCGGCACCGCUUACCAAUACAGGCGAUACAUCAGCAAGCAAUAAUGCACGGCAGCACAUCUACCAAAGACCCCAUCAGCCAGGCGGUACUCUUUCGUCCGGUUCUGACUACUACCAGGAGUUAAACCAUAAAAAAUCCUCCUCAUCGAGUGAUUCCCUACAGCAGCAACAGCGUCGUCUACAAGGUUCUAAUGCUGGGAUCUAUUAUCAACGAGCGGCUGCAGCAUUGAGCGAUGAUCAACACCGCAGUCUAAUGAGCUCUAGUGCUGGUGCUAAAAUCUACAAACCGUAA